CAAACGUGACCCGAUUGGGAGUCAAAAUUCUAACGACUGUACCACAUGGAGCAGACUAGCCAGGAUAGUGUUGUGACUACAUCUAACGAGAUUUUGUGUCCUAGAUAGGUGUUAUGGCUCCGAAAAAAUCUCGUGCUCCCGAUGCUAUCGCAGCAAACUACCCUUAUGCUACAGACGGAGAACAUGUUUUUGGAGUAGCUCAUAUCUAUGCUUCUUUCAACGAUACGUUCAUUCAUGUUACAGACUUAUCAGGUCGUGAAACCAUCGUUCGUGUGACUGGUGGCAUGAAAGUUAAGGCUGAUCGGGACGAAUCUUCUCCUUAUGCGGCUAUGUUAGCUGCCCAAGAUGUGUCUCAACGAUGUAAAGAACUUGGAGUUACAGCAAUCCAUGUGAAGCUUCGCGCCACUGGUGGUACGGGAACUAAAUCGCCGGGUCCUGGAGCACAGGCCGCUCUCCGUGCGCUCGCUCGUUCUGGAAUGAAGAUAGGAAGAAUUGAAGAUGUCACUCCUAUUCCUACCGAUAGUACUAGACGAAAAGCUGGUCGUCGUGGUCGUCGAUUGUAGUUUUCUAGUGUAAAAAUUUAUUUAAUUCUUGUUAGCAGCUCAUUUUAAAAUGUUUGUCUUAACCUGAAACUCAAUAUACAGAUUUGUUUCAAACAUACAUUAAUCUUUUGGUUAAUUAAAUCACAUACAUUAAAGAAAAUUUUCGAUGUCAUAAAAUCCAUGAAUCGAUAAAACUAAUUUUUUUUCCAUAAUAGUUAAGCUGUUGUAGUAAAUGAUGAUUUUGUUGAAGCUCUUUGUUUUCAAGCUAU